AUGGCCGAUCCGAAGAAAUCGGAGGAGAAAAAAGCCGAUGCGAAACCCGAUGGAAACAAGCCGGCGGACCUCCGUAAGUUUAUAUGCAAAUUGCCUGAGGGCUUUUUGUCCGAUUUGUCUCAAAUUUGGCACAGAGUUAUUCUAUGGGGCGAUUGGGCCCGGUUUUGUCCCCAUCCCGGUUUUGUCCCCAAGACGGUUUUGUCCCCAGGACGUUUUUGUCCCCACUUUUUUCGAGCCUUUUUGUCCCCAGACCGGUUUUGUCCCCAGGACGUUUUUGUCCCCACUUUUUUCGAGCCUUUUUGUCCCCAGACCGGUUUUGUCCCCAGGACGUUUUUGUCCCCAAGCUGGAUAGUACAAUCAAAAAUUAUGCAUUCAGAUGUUAAUGCUGUUGGUUUGGUGCACAGUACUGCUCAAACAACAUGUACUUAGCACUUGGUACUGUAUAGUACAAGGUGGUACUAUAUAGCACGAGGUAAAAAUUAAGCCAUAACGCGUUAAUGCUGUUGGUUUGAAGCCCCGCACUUCUCAAAAAAUGUGUUUUUAGCACUUGGUACUGUAUAGUACAAGGUGGUACUAUAUAGCACGAGGUAAAAAUUAAGCUAUAACGCGUGAAUGACGUUGUUUUGGUAUGCAGUACUGAUCAGACGUUCAUUUUGUGCAAAAACAAAUUCGUGCUAAAUAGUACCAUGUGCUAAAACACAUUUUUGAGAAGUACUGGGCUUCAAACCCAUAGCAUUGACGUGUUAUGGCUUAAUUUUUACCUCGUGCUAUAUAGUACCACCUCGUACUAUACAGUACUAAGCGCUAAGAACAAGUUGUUUGAGCAGUACUGUGCACCAAACCAACAGCAUUAACAUCUGAAUGCAUAAUUUUUAAUCGUAGUAUCCAGCUUGGGGACAAAAACGUCCUGGGGACAAAACCGGCGUGGGGACAAAAAAAUAAAAAAAGUGGGGACAAAACCGUCCUGGGGACAAAACCGGUCUGGGGACAAAAAGGCUCGAAAAAAGUGGGGACAAAAACGUCCUGGGGACAAAACCGUCUUGGGGACAAAACCGGGGUGGGGACAAAAACGUCCACUACGCUAUGGGGCAUAGGUAAAUCCCUGAAAAUUUGAGGCGUUUAUCUGCAGGGGGAACCGAGAUAUUGAGCGAUGCUUUUCGGAGAGAGCACGGAAAAUGAGGAGAGCGGUCAGAGAAAGUUUGGUUUUUGGAGUAUAUCUUUGCGGAUUUCGCUGGGAAAAAAGUGAUUUUUUGUAGAAAUGUUACACUCAUCGUGUGGAAAAGAGUGUGAUUUUUUGGAUACGAAAAUUUGAAAAAAUUUUUUUUUUUAUUUUGAUUUUUUCGUAUAAAAAAUCGGUAAAAAAAUUUAUUUGAAAUGGUAAUUAUGGGCUAUUCAGAGACUUGUUUUACGAAAAAAUUUAAAUUUUUGGCCAAAUUUUUCUAUAUUAUCCAUGAUUUUUCCAGCCGGACCUAUUCCGAACAAGGCCGGCGAACCCGACUUCAAAUUGCAGCUGGAGCCGGAUCGGUGUGCCAUCUUCAAGAGCGAUGAACUGCUCACCAAACCUUGCAUUUUGGUAUGGGCUUUAACCAACAACACCGGCAAGCGACAGGUUUUUAAGGUGGGUACUUUUUCUGAUAUUGUAGUAGAUUUUUUGAUGAUUUUUUGUGAAUUUUAUGAAGAAAGGUUUGGUUUUAGGCGAUUGUAAUGAGUUUUGGUGGUGUUUUCUUUGAUUUUAUUUAGCGUUUCGUAGUUUGGCUAUCCGUAUUUUACACUAAAUACUAAAAUUUUUGAUUUUUUGGAGAUUUUUGGAGAUUUUUGGCGAUAUUUGAUGAUUUUUCAAAUAUUUUCCGGAAAAUUAUUUAAUUUUGUUUGUUUACUGCCUUGACAUACUUUUUCAUAAAUCUUUCUUCAAUUUCCAGCCUAUUGUCUGCCCGUGUUUUAGGUGAAAAAGUAAGAUUUAAAAUUUUUUGAUGAUUUUUGGCGAUUUUUCGGAGAAAUAUUAAAAUUUAUGUGUUUUUACUGCUUUUUUAUUCUUUUUCAUUUAUUUUUCCUCAAUUUUCAGCCUUUUAUCGGCCCGUGUUUUAGGUGAAACACUAAGAUUUUUAAUUUUUUGGGAUUUUUUUUAUGAUUUUGGGCGAUUUUACGACAAAAUAUUCAAUUUGAUGUCUUUUCACGGCCUUAUCAUACUUUUUUAUUAACUUUUAUUCAAUUUCCAGCUUAUUACCUUCCCGUAUUUUAGGCGAAAAACUAAGAUUUUUAAUUUUUUGAUGGUUUUUCGGGGAUAAAUACUAAAAUUUUGGUGUUUUUGAUGACUUUUCGGCUAUUUUUGAUGAUUGUUGGCGUUUUAACGACAAAAUAUUUAGUUUUAUACAUUUUUACUGCUUUUUUAUUCUUUUUCCUUUAUUUGUCCUCAAUUUUCAGCCUUUUAUCGGCCCGUAUUUCAGGUGAAAUGCUCGUCGAACGAGGUGUUCCGGGUGACUCCGCCGCUCGGCUUCGUGGACGACAAGCAAACGGUCAAGGUCCAAGUGAUCUGCAUGCUGAAAGAGAUGGGCCCCACCCGCCACUUCUUCGCCGUUUACCACACCGUCCCCGACAAGGACGUGAAGACGGCGCGCGCCGCCUGGACGCCCGAGACCAAACCCGACGGCGUCCGCCGAUUGCCCUGCCUUUUCCUCAAAAAUGAUGGCACCCCGUGGACGGUCGACCCCAAUGCCCCACCCAAAGGUAAGAAUCCGGCAGGUCCGGGAAAGGCUUCGAGGGAAUUUGAGGGGGUUUUUGGGGAAAAAUGAGGAUUAUUUUGAGGGGAAAAUGGGGAUUUUUUUGGGGGAAAGGAUUAUUUUGGGGGAAAAAUGAUGGUUUUUUGGGGGAAAUGAUGAUUUUUUGAGGAAAAAAGCAGAUUUUUUUGAGCAAAAAGAUGAUUUUUUUGGGGAAAAAUUAUGGGUUUAUUUUGGGAAAAAGCUGAUUUUUGAGCAAAAAAUUACUUUUUUGGGAAAAGACGACUUUUUUGAGGGGAAAGACGAUUUUUUUUGCGGGAAAGUGAUGAUUUUUUAGGCGAAAAAGAUGGUUUUUUUGGAGAAAACGAUAAUUAUUUUGAGGAAAAAGAUGAUUUUUUUCGGGGAAAUGAAUGAUUUUUGUGGGGAAAAUGAUGAUUUUUGUGGAAAAAGAUAAUUUUUUUGCGGGAAAGUGAUGAUUUUUUGGGGGAAAAAGAUGAUUAUUUUGAGGAAAAAGAUUGCUUUUUUUGGGGGAAAAAGCUGAUAUUUUUGAGCAGAAAGAUGAUUUUUUCGAGGAAAUGAAUGUUUUUUGUGGGGAAAAUGAUGAUUUUUUGGGGAAAAUUUAUGGGUUUUUGAGGAUUUUUUAGGGAAAAGAUGGGUUUCUUUGGGAAAAAGCUGAGUUUUUGAGCAAAAAGAUUACUUUUUUCGAGGAAAUGAAUGAUUUUUGUGGGGAAAAUGAUGAUUUUUUGGGGGGAAGAGAUAAUUUUUUUGGGAAAAACGAGGAUUUUUUGUGCAAAUGAUGGCUUUUUUGGGGGAAAAGAUAAUUUUUUUUGGGGAAAAAAUUAUUAUUUUGAGGAAAAUGAUGAUUUUUUUGCGGAAAAAUAUAAUUUUUUUGGGGAAAAUGUGGAUUUUUUGUGCAAAUGAUGACUGUUUUUGGGGGAAAAGAUGAAAUUUGAUCUUUUUGCCUAAAAAAAUGUUUUUUGAGCUUUUUGUUUAAGAUUUUUUGAGAUUUUUAUCCAAAAUCGAUCUUUGACAUGAAUAAUUUGUACGUUUUCAGAUGCUGGAGCCAAGGAUAGCAAGAAAAAGGACGACAAAAAAGAAGAGAAAAAAGAGGAAAAGAAGCCGGAAGAGAAGAAGGAGGCCAAAAAAGAGGACAAGAAGGAAGAGAAGAAGGAGGAAGGUGAGGAAGAGAAGAAGGAAGAGGCCAAAGAGGAGAAGAAGGAGGAAAAAGACGAAAAGAAGAAGGAGGAGAAGAAGGAAGAGAAAAAGAAGGACGAGAAGCCGGCCAAGAAGUGA